UCUUAUAAUAACCGUUUCACAGAUGAUAUCGAAUAUGUUCCUUAUGUCGUAACUACAACACCCUUCCCUUUUCACGAAUGUGAACUACCGAAUUAGACUAUUUACCGGAUUUGUAAUAACAUAAGCAACACGACGGGUGCCACAUGUGGAGCAGGAUCUGCUUAUCCUUCCGGAGCACCUGAGAUCACCCCCAGUUUUUGGUGGGGUUCGUGUUGCCUAGUCUUUAGUUUUCUAUGUUGUGUCAUCUGUACUAUUAUUUGUCUGUUUGUCUUUUUAUUUUUGGCCAUGGCGUUGUCAGUUUGUUUUCGAUCUAUGAGUUUGACUGUCCCUCUGGUAUCUUUCGUCCCUCUUUUAUAGAAGCACUGCUCUUGAAACUGAAGAUUUUGGCAAUAAGUUUUUGAUAAAAAGUUCAACAAAGUCUUGAAGGCAAAUACGAAAAACAAAUGUCUUCGGAUUGUCUCCCAUUACAAAUUAUUUUCACUUGACGUCCCCAAAAAUUUUGUUCAUGUUCAACAACCAUAACUGUAUCGAUCGUUGAAACGAAAACACAUGACUAAUAUUUAGGUCUUUAAAGUUUUGAAAAUUUAAAUUUAAAUGUUCAACAUGUAGGUGUUAGUUAAGGAUUGCCUAAUCAUACAUAUAUAGUGAAUUCUGACAUACUAGUUCAGAAGAAUAAUGUCGUGGAGGUAUACCUAUAGUUCUGGGAUAGAACCUCGAUCCUCAUUAACAGAUGUACCCCUUCACGAAUCAAAGACAUACCAGAUGUCAUCAUCCAAUGUGGUCUUUCCAAGACAUGAUUUGAUUGGUUCAUCUAAGUCUUCAUCAUCCAGUAGUAGUUCUACUAUUGGUUCAUACAGAUCAUCUUCCAGCUCUGGAUCAUACAAGUCUUCAUUAAGUAGUGGCUCAGUAGUAGGCUCGUCUAAAUCUUCCUCAACCGACGAUGGAUCAGUGACCUAUAAGUUAUCUGGUAGUGAUUCCACUGUAGAUAAUGACAGCAAAGAAUUUGAUACCAAUGCUAAUCUAAAGGACAGCAAUAUGGUUGAGCAGACGAGUCAAAAUGAGUCAACCACAUCCAGUGGCAGUUUGUCUGACUCCUAUGACAUAGCUGUCAAAAUGCUUAGCUCAUCACAGAUUGAUGAGGCAGAGAAGCAAUUUCUUUUUCUCUAUCAACAAAUGCAGGAAAAAUCAGAAGAUACAACACAGAUUCUUGUUCAAACAUUGAAUGGGCUUGCUGAUGUCUGCACCCGAAGAAGUCGUAUGUGCCGGUCCAAUCCGAUGGAAUGGCAGUGGCUUUGUAUGCAUGCAAUUGCUCUCCUUCAAUAUACAAUGGAAAUUUGUGAUUCUGAAUUAGAAACAGAAAUGGAAAAUGAUACAAUUGAAUGGUACACAGAACAAAAGCACGAUCUUGAACAGAAAUGUAAGCCUUUAGAAGACAGUCUAAAUAGAGCUUUAUAUAAUUGUAUGAAACAUGAAGCAAGAAAAUAUUUGGACCCUUUUCGUUCAUUUUCUCUCCCCAAUACUCCUGGAACACCAUCAAGAAGUAUGUUUCCUUUAUCUACUGGAAACAAAUUCACACUAUAUUCAACCAUGCAUUCUCAAAUCAUUAGUAAAACCAAUGAAAACCAAAGUGCUGAUGAUAGCCAUUCUGGCCUGUCAUGGCUAUCCAAAUUCCAUCAGUACUGUAAUGACAGACUUCAAACCAAAAAUAUAGGGACUAUUUUCAAUAGACUUUUUCUUAAAAGGCAGAAUCAUUCCAAGCAUGAAAAUGAUGAUACAGAAAGUGUGGUAUCAGGAGGUUCUUUAGAUUGGGAUCAUAGUGAUUUAGAUAGGGAAAUUUGUAACGGUCAUCCACCGGACGAGGAAUCAGAGUCUCCUGUCAAAGAACAUUCACUUGGUUUUGAACUUGCUGCAAGUGACAUAAACAAUGAAGGAUGGGAUUUCUUCUUAGGGGAUCGCAAGAACUGUACUUUUGAAAGUGUAGUACAAGUAGCGUCAAAUCCACAUCAUACAAAUGGACCUUCGAAAAAAGACAUUAUUGACAUUCAAAGAAGAGAAAGCAUUAAAGAAAAAGAAGUUGUCUCCCCCUUACAUGAUCAUAGUAUUAAACUGACUUUGACAAAAUGUUAUGCUAAGUUAGCAGAUAAACUAAUGACAGAGGAAGAAUAUGCAAAUGCAGAAGUCAUCUAUGAACAAGUGUUAGAAAUUGUCGAUGAAAUUCAAGAUGGUACUGCUGGCAUGCUUAGAUUUUAUGCUAGACUUCUCAAGAAUUGUGGAACUGCAAAAUCAAAACAAGGAAAAAUGUCUCAGGGGUUAAAAUUACUGAACAAAGCGCUUGAGACCUAUCGUGACUUACAAGAUGAUGAGGCUAAUUUUGAAAUAGCUCUUGCUUUAUUGGAACUAGGAAAUGGUUAUGUUACUGGUCGAGAUAAAGACAAUGCUGUGUUCAGUUAUGCUAUAGGUGCCAUUUGUGAAUUCUUCGAAAAAGACGGAUCUGAUGAUGUUACAAGCUCUACAUCAAGUUCAAAAUCUGAGUUUUCUUCACCUGAGAAAAUUGAGGAAGAGCAGAAUAUUGAUGAUGCAAUACAGUGUUACAAAGAAGCUUUACACCUCCUGCGUAAUCAUGAAAGUCAAAGUGAGGGAAAGCAAUCAGAUUUGGUUGCAAGAUCGACUAGAAGAUUAGCGGACUGUUACUUUAUGCAAAAAGAAUAUGAUAAGGCACUUGAUUGCUAUGAAAAAUCUUUAUCCAUGUUAAAGAAUACUCAAUCAGUAGGACGAGAUCUUGUCUUAGAAAAUGCUCAUGUGUUGUGUAUGCUUGGUGUCUCUAGUUUUAUGCUGCUAAUGUUUCCAAGAGCUGCAUCAACCUUUGAACUGGCUUUACACAUGGUAAAGUAUGCCUUUUCGCUUAAAAGUACAUUUUUCCAUGGACUUUUACUGGCCUUAAUGGGAAUUACAUUCUAUAAAAUGAGAAAUUAUCAUCGUUGUGUAUCAAUGUGUUUUCAGGCUUUCGAAAUAUUUUGUGCCCUACAUGGUGAUAAGUUACCAGAAUUACCAAAGCAUAAAUUCUGGCUUGUUUGCCAAGUUCUCUAUGUCAUGGGAAAUUCUUACAAUAAUCUGAACUUGCAUCAGAAAGCAAUCAAAUAUCUUUCAGUGGCAAGAUCAGUAUUAAUGGCAUCUAAAAAUAGAGAUCGUCGACAGUUCAUGAGAGUAUUGCAAAUUUUAGGAGAUUGUUAUUUUGCUCAGUACGAUUAUAAAUCAGCUUUACAAUUCUACAAUGAAGCCCUGGAGUAUGGAGAUUGUGAAAGUCAGAUUUCCUUCAACGAAGUUUUUGAUGCAAAUGCCAAUUCUGAUGAAAUGUCAAUGCACAACCAGCUUGUUAGCAAAUCUGCAGAGGCUCACAUUAGCAUGCAACAAUAUCAAAAUGCAGUACACUAUCUGGAACAAGCUCAUGACAUGCAAGAAACGAUGGGAGAUGAUAUUAAAGGAGACUUGGCCGCUACUCUUCAUUCUCUUGGACAAAUGUACUGUGGAGCAGGAGAUGUGGAUAAAGCAAUUGAUUCGUAUAAUGAAAGCUUAGAGGUCUACAGAGAAAUUCAUAAUGGAAAUUUAGGGCCCGAAGUCGUUUCAACAUUAGGAGAUCUUGCAGCAAUGUGUUAUGUAAAAGCCUGUCUUUGUGAUGACGUCGAUAGCGAGUUGGAAAUGAUUGUGGCCACUGAAAAAUACUUCCAGGAAGCUCUAGCUCUUGGGAAAAACCCAGUAAUAACUAUUCGUUAUGCAAAUUUUUUAUUUAGCCAAAAUAAUUAUGUUGAUGCUGUUAAACAUUUGAAAACUGUUCUAGAGAUAGAGGACAUUGAAACAGCACAAGAUCUGGUGUAUGGUGGUUUAGAAAAAGUCACUCUACCAGAUGUCCUACAAGAUGAAGUGGACUGUCAAGAAGAAGUCGUACUCCCACCAUCCUCCCUUGCCAGAUAUUUAUUGAUAUUAUCCCAUAUAAACUUGGGCCAUACAAAACUUGCCGAGGACAAUCUAAUCGAUCUCCUUAUGGAAACAUUAGAUUAUGAUAUUCCAAUUUUAUACUCAGUGCUUGGAUAUUCAAUGAUGGAGAUGGGAGUUAUUGAAGAGGCAAUUUGGUGCUUUGGAACAGCAGUAUCUCUGGAAAAUGACUAUCGACUUGCAAUAGAUAAUUUCUGUACAUGUGUCUGUAUUUGGGUUUUACAAACUUUAGAAAGAGCUGUUGAAGUAAUAUGUACUUAUUAUGGAAUAUCUGUUAGUCCCAUGUACUUGUCCACUACAAGUGAGAGCUCUUUUUCUUAUUCAAACUACCUUUUCUGAUAAGUUUCAAGAACAUCAACCCUAUAAAAUCCAAACACUAUAGAAGUUGUGGUAUGACAAUUAAAAAAGACAAGGUAAAAAUUUUCUUUAACCUACAGACCAAAAUGUUAGUGUUACAAACAUAAUGUUGGGAUGAAAGAUUGCGUUAAAAUAAAUUUUCAGUGAAAUCCAAAUAUCAACCAAAUCAGAAACAAUUGGUAAAAUUAUAAAUGCUCAGGUACAAUCUUCUUAACAAUAAUUUACAAAUCUUGACCUUUUAUCUCCUUAUAAUGGGGCUAUAUAUACAUACCUUAUCAGAUUAUUUGACAGAUAACAUAGUCCGUAAAAACUUUAUCAUUCAGAUUUCUGAGUGCAUGUUUCUGGAAUAACCUUCAUCAUAGAAUGCUUGAGACCCCAUGUUUGGACAGUCAAAAUAUGAACUUUUAAAAGCUGAAAAACUAAAAGGUCAAAGCGAUAUUUGUAGAUUUUUUGGCAUGUUAGUAUCAAAAUAUUAAUGAUUUUUAGCUAUAGUAGGUAUAAUAAAUAAAUUUAAAAAAACUGUUCUGAUAAAAAUUUAUAUUGCUGAGAAGACAAUCAGUUAGGUGAUGAAAGGGAGAUUACUCUUUUUUAUCAUUAUCAAUUGUGUAACAUUCAAAAUGUUGUAAAAUGUGAAUAAACUGCCUAUAACAGUGACUUUUAAAUAAUGUUUUUUUUGGUUUUUUUCAUUUUAAGAAAAAUGAAUUCUUAAAUAUAAUAAUGUAUGACAAAAAUAAAAUACCUUCUAAAAUUAAGAUACUUUGGCAUCAUGACAAUAUAAAAUAACUAAUUUGAAUGGCAUAGACUAUUUUUACUGAAUCAAAAUAACCAAAUCAAAACAAGUUACAUAAACUUACAUCUGAUAAUGUUUUGUAAACAAAUUAAUAAAAUUCCUGUUUACAGAUACAAUAUUUUUAUAUUGCUUGUACAAUAUAUGCAUAAAAAAUACAUGUAUUAUAUUAUAUAGUAUACUCAGUAAUAAGUACAAGCGUAAAUACACCAUGUUUAACAAUUGCUAUAAUCAUAUAGUGUAUUGGCUAUUCUAUUUAAUGUAGAGAUAAUUUUUAAAAACUUCUAUUUGUCCAGUAAAGAGUAAAGACUGAAGCUUUCAUUAAUCAAAUUUCGUUUCUUAUUAAUAUUGGUAGUUACAAAUAUUUAAAAAUGUGAUUUUUCCAGUAUAAUAAUGCAGUCCGUUCCAUUCUUGUUUUCUAGUAUUAGUGUGUGGCUUGUAAAUCCUUAUUUUGAUAUCUAACUCAUUUCAGUAUGAAAGCAAUUUUUCUUGUCGGUAUGAUUGUCUGUAACUAUACUAACAUUGAUAUAUCUAUAGGGUCAUAUCUAUAGGGUCAUGAUGAAGUUUGAGAGUAUUUGCUAACGUCACAGUACCUAAAUUUCACCUAUUCAACACAAAUUGCUGCAGAAAUCUUACAAUUUUUCUUUGAGACUAGAUAAUUUGUAUUUUUAUGAUUUGACAUUAUAUACGUCUAUCAACAAAGGCAAAUAUAUCUAAAUAUACACAAAACGUUCACAGUACAUAUCAACAGAUUAAGCAUUCACUGGAAAAAGUUCACAAAAAGUCAUCUUUUAAAAAUGAGCAAAUUAAAUAUGUUACAAGCAUUCAAUUCUUAAAAAAUGAAUAGUAAGCAUGGACUAAUGUCAAAUUGUUCUAAAUAUUUGAAGAAAUAAAACAAAACAUCUGUUAUUCGAUUUUUAAGGAUGUGAAUUUAAGCAUGGUUGCAAUUUAGGUACUCCUCAUUACAGAAUCAUGGAUCGUUUGGAGGUCGGUUCAAACCCACUUUUCUAUGAUUCAAUAUAGAUACAAAAUUAUAUUGGUGGAACCAUAUAGUAAAUAAUGACACAUCUACAAAAUAAACACAGAAUGGAAAGUUUUGCCUGGGUCAUAAAUAAAAGUAGGUGAAAAAACUGUCAAAUAGGUGCAAUUUGGGUAUCGUCACGUUAACUGUGAAUAAAGAUAUCUAUCUUUGAUUCUGAAAACAAGAGAGGGAGUUUUCCAGCUACAAUCUCAUCGAAGGGUAAUAGCCUGAGAUGAGUUGAAGCUAAGAAACUUCCUCACUUUGAAGACCAAAAGAUAAUCUGUUUAUUGAUAUUUUCCCAAGUAACAUCAAUGACAUCAUCUUCAAUCUAUUGUAAAUUCAGAAAUUAUUGUGAAAAAUGCAACAGUAUAAGGUUCACAAAAAUAAAUACCUGCAUUCAUAAUUUCAAAAGGGAUUUUUCUAAAAAAAUAUUUUGCAAUCACAUUAAUUAGAAUUUGCAUUUUUGCCAGAAGUCAAGGAUUUGCAAUAAUAAAUGGACACAUUAAUUUCUGAAAUAACAGUUAUUUACUGUUAUAAAACCAUUCUCAGUCCAAUAGCUAGGGGUUGAAAAUUAUCACACAGAAAGAUCAAAGGAAAGUUUUAAGAAAAUUGAGUUAAAAAGUAGUGUCAUUCCGGCCUUAUUUUCAUAUCAUAGAAUGGCUGGUAAAUAAGCUAAGUGUUUAUAAUCAAAAUAUAUUAAUUAAUAAUUAAUAUGCUACAUCAAGUGCCAUUAUUUGUGGUUUUUAUUGUUAUACACAUACAAACAAAAAACAUCUUGUUCUUUGGAUAUUUUAAGUGUAACUUUUCUUUUUUCUUUCUUUCUCUCUCUCUGAUUUGUGUUGUUACAAUUGCAUUUUUAAGAACUUUGAAUAUUUCGGCCAAAGAAUAUGUGUGUUAAACCGGUGACUUAUUAUUUAUGAACAACUUAACUUUAAAUCUCUUUACUUUUCUUUCACUUGAUACAAAACAAAUAUAUAUAUGUAAUAUACCCACAUAUAUGAAACUUAAAUAAUUCAGGGAAAAAGUCCAAUGUAGAUAUGCAAAUUUCAAAUUUAAGAAAUAAUACAAAUAUUAAAAGAACAAGAUUUUUUCUGUGUUAUCUGAUAUUUAGUUGUAAUUUGUUACUUUUUCUAGUUUAUAGUAAUUGUUAAUUAUUUCACAUUAUUAAAAUGUUAUAAAAUA